AUGUAUGCAUUGGGCUACCAGUACGACAUCAAGAACCUUGAGAAAGAGGCUUUGGAGAGGUUCGAACCGGCCAUGAAGGGCAAAGAAGGAAAAGGCGACGAGUUCACAGCUGUACUCGGGGUCGUAAGUACCACAUACGAGACUACUCCAGAUAGUGAUCGCGGCCUUCGCGAUGUCGUCGUAGCCUUUGGGGCGAAGCACUUGGAGGAUAUAAAAGACCUGCUGGAGGGAGACAAUCACGGCUCAGAUUCCAAAGUACACGAUUCAAAAAAGAAGAAGGUUUACAGAAAGAUCUGCCAGCGUGGGCGUUGCCCAAACAUGGACAAGUGGAAGUAUGACCGAGUUCGCUGCGAGUGCGGAAAGUACCAGCAUUUGACACCAGACGAGAUGGUGAAUGCAUCUUUAUAG